AUGUAUCACAUCUUCGAAUUUCACGACUUCCGCGAUGUUGCAGGGUGCGAAGAGAAUUCGCUACGUCGACUUCGUCCCUUAAACAAUAAGCGCAUUAAAAUCCAUCGUAAUAUUUUCAUCGCGUUGAAUUUCCGCGAGGCUCCACUGCCCCACCUCCCAUGGGAGGGGGAGGGUGCGCUACAGGAAAAAAAAUUAAACGAAAAUAAUGAUAAAACCGUCUCCGCUGGGAAGCGUUCGUGGAAACGUUGUCUUUUAGAACGAGUCGAAUGUUUUUAUGUUGCAGUGAGCAACGGGGCGCUGAGCGCGUGCGCCGCCCAGGGGGGCAUGGACAAGGACGGGAAGAAGAAACACACGAGGCCCACAUUCAGCGGGCAGCAGAUCUUCGCGCUGGAGAAGACCUUCGAGCAGACAAAGUACCUCGCGGGGCCGGAACGGGCCAAGCUGGCAUACGCCCUCGGUAUGACGGAGUCUCAAGUAAAGUGGGGUAGGGCCGCCAGUUACAGGCACUCGCCGCGUACACCCAACAGAACAGCUCCGUUCACCAUCUGUCGCUCAUGUUCGCCAUUCAAAGCC